AAUGACAACGCAACUUUUGAGGGAAAAAAAUCCUUCAAUUUCAAAUGAACACAAACCCUAAUUUCCCUUUUAUAUAACAAAUUCCAAAUCUUCAGUUAACUGAAACACACAUUGCCUCGUUCAUCCUCACAUGGAUUCAACUCGUGUCUCUCAUAACCUUGGGGAUCCCAAAAUUCGUCAAGUUGGUUUCUUUGUUCCCGAAUCCUCCACCACCGAUUCCCACAAGAUACUGUCGCCAAGUCAUCUUCCCGUUCCGGAGAUGCAGAAUUCCGUCCAUGGCCAAGUGACAUCUCGGAGCUAUGAUCCCUCGGAAAACCGAAACCUUGAAACUGGCAUUGAAAAGAGGGAAGAUGAAGAGAUAGAGGUUAUAAAAUCAAGGUCAAAGCCGCUGAAAGAAAAAACUACCAAAGCGGAGAGGCGAGCCUUGCAAGAAGCACAGAGAGCUGCUAAAGCUGCUUCUUCUAACGUCGAGGGAAGUAAGGCUGUUGCUGGAACUGGUAGAGCUGCCUUGGGUAAAAGUACAAAGCAGUCUUCACAAAAGAAAGCUGGUCCUUCUUCUCCAGUGGCUGCUGAUAAAAAAGCAGGAGAUCGACCUUUGGAUAAAGACAGGAAAAAGGAUGCUCCUCAUCCACGAUUGCAAUUUGAUGAUGAAAGCCGAAUGGAAAAGGCUAGAAGGCGUGCAGUAGUCAAUCCAACUGAAUCUAGAACCAGAGUUGAAUUAUUUCAGCAUUUGCCUCAAUAUGAACACGGGACUAAGCUUUCUAGUCUUGAAUCAAAGUUUUUCCACCUUGAUUUAGUUCACCCUUCUGUAUUUGAGGUACUCUUUUGGAAUUAAUUCACAUGAGGUCUACUUGUAGACCAGGACAUUGUGAUCUACAAAAU